AUGGCGCAUCAAAAUAGCAAAACACGGAAAAUUGAGAUUGGGGGCGGAAGAGCGUGGAAGAUUGCGUGUGCUUCCGGAUUAUCAUGGGUGUUGAACGUGAGCGUGGACAACGCCAGCGGUCCUGCCAGCGUGGACAACGCCAGCGUGGACAACGCCAGCGGUCCUGCCAGCGUGGACAACGCCAGCGGUCCUGCCAGCGUGGACAACGCCAGCGGUCCUGCCAGCGUGGACAACGCCAGCGGUCCUGCCAGCGUGGACAACGCCAGCGGUCCUGCCAGCGUGGACAACGCCGCAUGUGGCCCAAAAGCUGCAGCAGAAGCACUGGACACUGCUGGGGAGGCAGCAGAAGCACUGGACACUGCUGGGGAGGCAGCAGAAGCACUAGACACUGCUGGGGAGGCAGCAGAAGCACUGGACACUGCUGGGGAGGCAGCAGAAGCACUGGACACUGCUGGGGAGGCAGCAGAAGCACUGGACACUGCUGGGGAGGCAGCAGAAGCACUGGACACUGCUGGGGAGGCAGCAGAAGCCCUAGACACUGCUAGAGAGGCAGCAGGAGCCCUAGACACUGCUAGAGAGGCAGCAGGAGCCCUAGACACUGCUGGAGAUGCAGCAGGAGCCCUAGACAUUGCUAGAGAGGCAGCAGGAGCACUGGACACUGCUGGGGGAGGCAGCAGAAGCACUGGACACUGCUGGGGGAGGCAGCAGGAGCACUGGACACUGCUGGGGGAGGCAGCAGAAGCAUUAAACACUGCUGGGGAGGCAGCAGAAGCCCUAGACACUGCUAGAGAGGCAGCAGGAGCCCUAGACACUGCUAGAGAGGCAGCAGGAGCCCUAGACACUGCUAGAGAGGCAGCAGGAGCCCUAGACACUGCUAGAGAGGCAGCAGGAGCACUAAACACUGCUGGGUAA